ACCACGGAUUAAAUGACAUAUUAGGUUUUUGAGGUCUUGUUUUCAAGCCAUCCAUCAAUUUUAACCCCUAAAAUCAUCAUCAUGAAUUGCAAAUGCUGGGUGAAACCUGAAGUCGACACCCAAGCGCCAAUUCUUUUCGUGGACAACAUUCUCCAUUCCACGAAACUGGUACACGACGUCCAACGGCAGCGGGAAAUCGCUCGCGAAAACAAGCAACUAUUGAAGCGGAUCAACAAAAUCAACCGAACAGAGGGAUUUCUGGGUGUCAAGUAUGACUACAAACCUAAAGCAAACCUGAAUUUUGAAGCUCGAAGAGCCACUGCUCGAACGAUUCAGCAUGAAAAUUUUGAAUUGCUUGAACGGAUUCUAAAUGUGUCCCCAGAAAUAAAUGCAGCCGCACAAGAGAAGUCCUACAGAAAUCUGAUCAAAUACAGAAAUAUUUGCGCCAAAUUUGCUAACAAUAAUCAAACGAAACAAAGUAUUCCAAACUCAUCAGAAUGCCCGUGCAUCAUCAUGAAGAUCUACGAACGAAUUGACCGCAAACUGGGCGUCAUUAAAAUCAACACGAUGCAGGACACAAUCAUCGACCGGCUCCGAACGUCACAAGUGAACUGUAUCAAUGGCAGCAUUUAUCGAAUCUAUCAAGAUCAAUAUAUCGUCAUUCGUGGACACUUUGACGCACCCGACUCCGACAGAGGCGUUCGCAAGCAAUUGCUCAAACAUGUCCCCAGGGGGUCACUCCUGAGGGCAGCCAUCAACGAUCACCCGGCAUACAUGAUAACGCUGAAGGAUUUCGACCAAUUGGCCAACUGUGAGCUGCUGGGAACUGUAACUGCCGGAAGUCGGAACGUGCUGGAUUUGGUCAACUACUACGGAACGACUUACGGUAGAAUGCGAGAACCGUUGAACUUCAGAUGCAAGCUGCAAGGGUGAAUAAUUGCUAUUUGAAGUGAAUACUUUUGGGAGUGAACAUUAUUUAAUAAAUUCUGGAAGGCGAACGUAGAAAC